AUGGUUCACGGCGUCGUGUGUCUUCCUUACCGAGUUGUCCACAAUGAGAGUUCUCAAGACGUCUUCACAUUGCCUCUUUUGGGUAUGCUGACAACAAAAGCGUGUGGGUUGGUUUUACUUGUUACCUUACAUUACAUUUACUGUAGCUUGAACAUGUUGGAUGAUGGUACCUCUGGCAGCAACAAGACAUUGAUAUCAAAGCAAGAACGCCGUACGUUGGCUCAAUGCAGCAUCUACUGGAUGGCAUGGACAUACGGUUUAAUUUGA